UAUAUGGUGGAGAUACAUCUGCAGGGUACCACGUUUCUCCCCAUAUGAUAAUCUGACGCGCUCGAGUAACUGCAAAAAUCCCUGCUUGGGCUCCCCUACCAUUAGUAUACCUUGUCUAUGCUUAUUACCUAUGUCUAUGGACAUAUCACUAUAAAGAUAUUUGACAACGUAUUGUGACACUGUCAAAAGACUGUCUUAAUAAACUAAAAAUAAUAAAUUUGCCAUUCAUACGUAAUUUUAUGGAUAGAUCCAGCUAUUCUGGAAAACUAAGACGGAGCCAAACAUGUUUAACACAAGAGCAAAUUUUACACAGCCAAACCGACGAAAAGGACGUUGUGGCAUAUAUUUUUAACUCUGGUCUUUUCAUUGAGCUACGAAGAUGGUACUAUUACCAAUUGACCAUAAAUUCGAAGCAUCCCAUGACUCAAAAAUAUUACAAAUCGUCCAGUGCCAGGAAACAUGAAGAAACAAGACAUUUAACAAACUACCGAAGAACUAUUCAUCCGUUCAGCAUGAUGAAUUUGUGUUGGGAGUUUUUAAUGGCCUGGGUAUAUCUAUACAUGUUCUGCGUAACCUUCUUCAGCACACUUUUUAUAUCGGACGACUAUCUUCAGCUUUUUCAUAUUCGUAGAGGGGUCGGAGAUAUUAUUUAUGUUAUAGAUAUGCUUCGCUGCUUUUUUGAGGGUUACUAUGACAAUGUGCUUCAUAAGACCAUACUGAAGCACAAGCAAAUUGCACUUAGGUAUAUUAAGACUUACUUUAUUAUCGACCUCAUAGCACUAACACCAAAUUUGUCCCUACUGCUUUUUGUAACUACGAAAAAUCCUUACGUCAUUUAUAUGAGGUGUUUCGGAUUGUUCAGAAUCGUCAGAAUCAAACGUCUUUUAAACGCUUUUGAACUUAUUAAAAAUUAUAGAAACUACACAAGCUAUCAUUUCAAAGCUAUCAAAGCCUUCCUUAUAUACGUCCUCGUAGUGAUGUUUCUAUAUUCGGGAAUGUUGAUAUUAACCUACUAUAAUGAUAUUUACACAGAAUACAAAAUAGAAAAUAACUCUCAAAUAGACUUUUUGUCUGCUACUUUGGUACUUUUCUUGGUUAGUGAGGGUCUCGAGCCACUGUAUAACCACAUUUUGGUGGUUUUGGUAACUAUUGGCAUAUUUUGUGGUUUCUUCAUUCAUCUCUUCUUGCACGCUCAAGUUUUUCAGGUCUGGAAUAAGUAUUUUAGCGCGAGAAGUAGAAACGAAGAUUUGAUGACACAAUUUAAGGAGUAUAUAAGCUAUAGAGGUCUCCCCUUAAAGAUUAAGGAAAAAAUUAUGGUUUACUUUAAUUUUAAAUUCGAGAACUACUUUUACAAUGAAAGACAUAUCAAUUACUUGGUUUCGACGACUCUAAGAGAGCAGAUAAUGAUAAAUCUUGUCCAUAAUUACUUAACAAAAGCAGACAUUUUGAAGACUUUACCUAGAAAUAUUCUCGUUAAGUUGGUUACCAAAUUGAGAUCGGAGAUAUUUUUGCCAGAUGAUAUCAUAGUUCUAGCUGGGAAACCUGCAUCCAGUAUGUACUUUGUUUAUUACGGUACAUUAGCAGUUUACAAUGCAACUGGUUUAGAGAUUGCUCAUAUUGAUGACGGGGAUUGUUUUGGUGAAAGAGAUAUGCUGAUAAAUGAGACCAGAACUAACACCGUAAUUGCAAUAACUUCGUGUGAACUCUUUAAUCUAACCAAAUCAGAUUUGUUUAACGUGCUAGAUAAGACUCCUGAAUAUUUCGAAUACGUUGUUGAAGCUUCAAUACGUAGAUUCCCGAUGAUUUGAAAACAUUUAUUACAUUAUUAUUACAUUUUAAAUAAUUUUGUUUUACCAUAUUGAUUUACAAUAAUUCUGUUUUAAGCUUUUUACGUAAUACCUGUUCUGUUUUACCAUUACUUUAUCAAUAUUACAUAUAUAAAAUAAAUACCUUUGUUAC